AUGAGAGAGACAGUGGCUUGGAGGUACUUUAACAGAGACGUUCUGCCAUUUGGUGCAAUGAUCGUAGUGGAGUGUACCGCGGUUGGGUCAAACACAUUGUACAAGGCUGCAAGCUUAAGAGGAUUAAGCUUUUAUGUCUUUGUCUUCUACAUGUUCGCCGUUUCUACUCUUGUCCUUCUUCCACUUUCUCUUAUCUUCGGAAGAUCAAGAAAUUUACCUUCAGCUAAAUCUCCUGUCUUCUUCAACAUUUUCUUACUUGCUCUUUUCGGAGAGAACAGGUUCAUGGCGACGAUAGCUGGCUGUAAAGGUAUAGAGUAUACUUCUCCUACUCUUUCCUCUGCUAUCAGCACCCUCACGCCAGCUUUCACAUUCACCCUCGCCGUUAUCUUCAGGACAGUUUCUUUGCCAAGUUGA